UAAUGCGCAUGCGCCCUUCCUUUGCAUGGUGUGUUUUCAAAUUUUAGCUGCAGCGUUCGGAGCUGUGGCUGUGGUCCUAGUCCUACGACUAUGGAUAGUGCUUCGGCCCCAGGACGUGACGYCCCGGGAGUCUCUCAGUCUUCUGGUGGUGGCAGGGUCCGGUGGUCAUACCACAGAGAUCCUGAGGCUGGUUGGGAGCUUGUCCAGUGCUUACUCACCUAGACAUUAUGUCAUUGCUGACACUGAUGAAAUGAGUUCCAAUAAAAUUAAGUCUUUUGAACAAAAUCAAGCUAAUCGAGAUUGUAAUACCAUGUAUCCCCAAUACUACAUUCACCAAAUUCCAAGGAGCCGGGAGGUUCAGCAGUCCUGGUUCUCCACAGUGUUCACCACCUUGCACUCCAUGUGGGUCUCCUUUCCUCUGAUUCUCCAAGUAAAGCCAGACUUGGUGUUGUGUAAUGGACCAGGAACAUGUAUUCCUGUCUGCAUAUCUGCCCUUCUUCUUGGAAUACUAGGAGUGAAGAAAGUGAUCAUCGUCUAUGUCGAGAGCAUCUGCCGAGUAGAAACUUUAUCCCUCUCUGGGAAGAUUCUGUUUCAUCUCUCAGAUCACUUCAUUGUUCAGUGGCCAACUCUUAAGGAGAAGUAUCCCAAAUCUGUGUAUCUGGGGCGAAUUGUUUGACAAAUG